UCGAACAGUGAAAGCAGGAAGUUCUCACAGUAAACACACUUUAACUCGAACGACUGCUGUCUCACCAUAGACUGUAUAUAAGUCUCACGCAUAUUUUUCUGUAACUUUUCUUCUAUGGAGAGGAGUUUAGAGACCCUUUCUGCAAUUAAAGCUCUGGGAUACCCUGGCAGCUCCUGCCUCUCCGUGUGCAGGUGUGAUGAACUUCCCUGUCCUCUGCUCACAUGGCUGUCUGCUGAGCUCAGGACUGUCUGUCCAGAGCUUAGAGACUCUGAUAACACAGGUGAUGUGUUGCUGGUGGGAGAGCUUCGGGACUUGCUGUCAAACAUACAGUCGCCGCUCGCUGAACUGGCCUCUGAUGUGCUUGACCCCUCCAUCCUUAGCCAUGUCACAGAGUUUCUUGUGUCAGAACUGACAGCAGCUCACAUAAACAAGCAUAAAGAAUUGCAUCCAGAGGAAAAUCCUGAGGAGGAGUCGGCGAAAGAGCAACGAGUGACAAACUACCAACAGUCUUUUCAGGGGUGUGAAGACGAAAAUGCUUCAGAUGCUCAAAUAAAUACGGCGGAAAUGCAGGCUGAGUGGGUAUUAAUACUGCACGCCCUUGGAUUAGAUGCCUCUUCUCCGUUUGAAGAUGUGCAAAAUGAGCUGAAGUCAAGACUCACUCGUAUGCCUGGUGGAGAAAUGACAGCCCCUCUUUUUACCAGCAGUCUCACCUCAGAGCAGUGGAUCCAAGUGAACCAAAUGAAUCAAACUAUGUUGACGGAUUAUCAGUGUCGACGACAGAUGAUGAUCAAAAGAUUUCAGGUUACGCUCGAGUCAUUUGCCUGGGGAGACAAACAGAAGGAACGUCGUGCAGCUCUGUCCUCUGUACCUCCUCUGGCAUCCCUCUCUGAAUCCUCCAAAGUGUCCCUUCCCCUUCUACUGGCUACCAGGCAAGAUCAGUCCAUGAUCAAACCUGUCAAAGCAGGAACAAGCACUACUGUAUACAAGAUGUUGAUGGGCAGUGUGCCGGACCGAGGUGGGCGGCCAGGGGAGAUUGAGCCGCCCAUGCCAAUGUGGGGCGAGCGAAGAACUCAAGGAAACAGAUGGGGAAAGGGAAACAGACAUCAUCAUCAGCCCCAAAAGAAGAAGAAAGGAAAAAAAGAAUAAUUUGCCUCUUUGGUUUUCUUUAAUGUCGAAAUUGAUUAAAUUUCAAUUCUGAUGAAUAUGAGUUAUUCUGAAAA